AUGAAUAAAUAUAAAAAUUUCAUAUUUAAAAAUAUUAGUUACACUGAUAAUGAUAGAAAAAUAUAUAGUGAUACUAUACCUACUAAUGUAAUUAAAAUAGGUAAUCAAUGUUAUAGUGAUAAUGUAGAAAUAAUAGAAAUAAUAAUUGCAAAAAAUGUUAAGAUAAUUGGUGAAUAUUGUUUCAAUAGAUGUAUAAAAUUAAAAAAUGUUAUAAUACCAUCAAGUGUGAGAUCAAUUAGUGAUUUUUGUUUUAAAGAAUGUAUUAGUUUAAGUAGUAUUAGAAUAGCAUCAAGUAUUAGAUCAAUUAAUGAUGGUUGUUUGAGUGAAUGCAAUAGAUUAAGUAGUGUUAACAUACCAUCAAGUUGUAGUGAUUGGGAGAGUAGUAGUAAUGGGCGCGAGUGUAGUAGUGUAUGCAUGCGAGGGGGGGGCCUAAAGCCAGCCCGCCACCCCACCCACCUCCUAUA